UUCGCGACUCCACGACUCCCAACUCCACAGUCCAGAGGCAUAGGAUCAGAUCAGUCCUUCACCCACGACCCCAUCACCCUCGAUCGACCAGCACCGUGCCUCUCGCCGCAUUCUCCUCUUCCACAGCCGUCGCGAAUGUGUCCGCGAUGGCUCCCGACCAGCCGGCCUCUUCUGAAGCCGACGCCUCAGCCGCGACACCCUCUGUAUUGACGCAUCGCGAACGAACCAAAUCCGACUUCAACAAGAUCCUCCUCGAGCACUAUGUCACUCGAGAUCUGCUACACACAUCUGCUAUCCUGGAUGACCAGGCCCGGAGGGAAGCAACGUAUAACCGGAUGAGAAGUGAGGCCGAGGAUUACAGGAGGGUCCGGACUGAGUAUCGCCAGUUCUUCCCUCCCAGUCGUUUAUACGGGCAAGGUUACAGUGGCUAUGGUAAUGGGCACACGGACGGGCCGACGAAACUUGUAUAUCCUGGCGCGAAACCACGACUCGGGCACAGGAAGACGGCUCGCCUCCGCAUCAAGCGCAAAGAGAUGCUGCAACAGGCUGAGCAGAUCGAAGAAUUGGUCCCAGUACGGUUAGAUGUCGACUGGGAUAAGAUCAAGCUUCGAGAUACCUUCACCUGGAACCUUCAUGACCGCACCGUCCCCCCGGAUCUCUUUGCUGCGCAACUCGUGGAGGAUCUAGGUUUGCCGCUCCCCAUGGCAAAUCCUGUACUCGAGCAGGUGCAGCAACAACUCCACGAACAGCUUAACGAUUUUUACCCUCCAGUGUAUAUCGAGGAGACCGCAUUAGACCCCGAGCUGCCCUACUCGGCGUACAAAAAUGACGAGAUGCGCAUCAUGAUCAAACUUAAUAUCACAAUCGGGCCACACACUUUAGAGGAUAAGUUCGAAUGGGAGAUUAACAACCCCCUAAAUUCACCAGAGGAGUUUGCCCAGAGCAUGACGCGGGAGUUGUCAUUAUCAGGAGAGUUCACAACGGCUAUUGCACAUUGCAUACGAGAGCAGAGUCAGCUCUUCAUCAGGAGUUUGUAUGUGGUUGGGCAUCCAUUCGAUGGGAGACCUCUGGAGGAUGCGGACUUGGUUUCUGCUUUCUUGCCGUCACCUUUACCAUCCGUUUUCCGGCCGCAGCAGCAAGCCAGGGAAUUUGCCCCAUAUUUGUACGAGAUGAGCGAAGCCGACUUGGAGAGGAGCGAGGUCAUAUACUCGCGAGAGCAGCGCAGACAGAAACGCUCUGUAAAUAGGAGAGGAGGGCCAACAUUACCUGAUCUUAAGGACCGGCAGCGAACGGUGCGAACCCUCAUCGUGUCCUCUGUUCUCCCAGGAGCUGCGGAGACCAUCGAAGAGAGUCGAAUAUACAAGCGUGUUGGGGGUGCAUCUGGGAGAGGGAAGCGUGCCGGCCUUCGCGAUGGAGACCUCUCCGAGUCUUCAGAGAGCGAAGACUCUUCCCCAGAAUCUCCCGCCAUGUCCAAUAUGGUAUCUGGCACGGCAAGGACGAGGGGCAUGCGUGGAGCAGCAACUGCGGCACAACAACGGAUGGCCAACCUCGGAAGGUCAGAGACGCCGGAAUCAACCAUUAUGCAUCACCACGAGACGAGAACAUCUGCGAGAAGGCUCGGCCGGGAUGCCCGGGAAGAGAGCUUGGAUAACCCAACCAUGAUCGUCAAGUUGAAGAUUGGAAAGGAGAAGUUAAGGAAAUUCCUUCGGGAUCUCAAGUCCGGAAAUCACCUACCUAGUUCACAGCAGACUCCAUCAUAUAACCGCUCCCAGUCCGGUUUAGGAACGCCUGCGCCAGGAUCUAUGGGACCGCCUUCGACACCUAGCCUGCAGAAUCAACCAGCUCCCUCGACGACGCCUGCUCCGCAAGGACAGAUUGGUGGAAUUGAGGCCCCAGCUCCCAUUACUCCUGGGCAGCAAACGAAUCCACCUCCACCACCACCGGCCUGGCUAACGGCCGGGCUUAACAAACUUCUAAACCAUUACCCCAACGAUCGCUUCGAAGGCAUGAUGAAAUACUCUGCCGUGAAUGCUGCAACAAACGCACCUUGUCAAGCCCCUCCCCCGGGCCAACCCACCCCAGAAGGCGUGAAGUGGAUGUAUCUGCCCCGGAUACGGUGCCAUGAUUGUCCAGGGAAAUUAUAUACGCCGGGACCUGAGACCACAGUUGGGAAUUUUGAGGUGCAUUUGAAGAAUCGGCAGCAUAGGGAGAGGGUUGAUAAUAGAGUAGCUGCAGCAAAUCAGGCAGCGGCAAAGACGUAUUGAUAAUUCUAAGGAGAAGAGGAGGAAUCGGCGAAAAGGGGUGUGUAUCCUAGAUCAUGGGCUGAACCAAUCGCGAUGAUGGAGUUCGGAUGCGGGAGUAUAGGGUAGGGUGCCUGGCUGAAUAUAUUAUUUCAAUCUGCCGCAUGCCGUUGACAUUUAUCUUGGAUUGCUUGAUAGGCAGGUGGUGGAGUUGUCUCCUAAUAAGUCG